GGUCUACCGCUUAUAAAAUGGCCCUAGGUGCCCGAGUCCCGGCUCCACAACAAUUGCGAGGACGUAGCUGGACCUUUGCGCCACUGAAGCUGUCAAACUCACUGGCGAAAACGCGCUAGCCUCAGCAAUGGAACAGAGAUCUACAAAAAACGUACAGAACUUCAACAAGCCCAAGAUAGAACUCCAUCUUCACCUUGACGGGGCUAUAAAACCUGAAACCAUUUUGUACUUUGCCAAAAAACGUGAGAUUAAACUGCCAGCAGACACUGCAGAAGGACUUUCGAACUACAUUGGAUAUGAAGAACCCCUUGAUCUCACUCAGUUCCUUGCAAGAUUCGACUAUUACAUGCCAACAAUUGCUGGAGACCGGGAAGCUGUGAAAAGAAUAGCUUACGAGCUUGUGGAAAUGAAAGCAAAUGAAGGCAUUAUAUAUUUUGAAGCGAGAUACUGUCCACAUUACAUGGCCAACUGCGAUGUUGAUCCUAUUCCUUGGAACCAAAAACCAGGAGACUUAAGUCCUGAUGAAGUGGUCCACCUUGUCAAUAUGGGCUUCAAGGAAGGAGAAAAGGAUUUUAAAGUUAAAGUGAGAUCCAUUCUUUGCUGCAUGCGUCACAUGCCAGAAUGGUCUGCUGAAAUUCUACGCUUGUGCAAGAAAUACCGCAAUGAAGGUGUUGUGGGCAUCGAUUUGGCAGGCGAUGAGUUAAUCGGCGCUGAUGUCCACUCGGGCCACGGUGAAGCUUAUACGGAAGCCUUUAACUGUGGCAUCCAUCGAACCGUACAUGUUGGCGAAGUUGGACCAGCGUUGCUAGUGAAAGAGGCUGUGGAUGAUUUAAAGGCUGAGAGAAUUGGACAUGGGUAUCACACGAUUGAUGACCCCACUAUCUACAACGAUUUGUUAAAGCAAAAUAUACAUUUUGAGACCUGUCCGAUGUCUAGCUACCUUACUGGAGCAUGUGACCCAGAUUUUACAAAGCAUCCAAUUAUCAGGUUUAUGAAAGAUCGAGCAAACUAUUCCCUGAAUACCGAUGAUCCUUUGAUUUUCAAAUCUACGAUCAAUACAGAUUAUGCCAUUGCAUCAAAAUACUUUGGUUUCACAGAAGAAGAAUUCAAAAGAGUGAAUAUUAAUGCUGCCAAGUCCAGCUUUCUCCCUGCUAAAGAAAAAGAAGAACUUUUAUGCACAUUGUACGAUGCGUAUGGAAUGGUGGAGAGCACUGAGUUUUAAGCGGACACUGCACAACAUCAUCAAUGUGACAAAACGUUUCUCUCGAGUGACUACCUAAUUGAUGGAAUCGAAUAUUUUUUAUUUUCAGAUUUUCCAUGAUUGUCUGUUGACUUUGUGUAAAAUAUGUGACACUGCCUUUCUUUCAGAUAUAUGCAAACCGACCUAAAUUGCCUUUUGAUUUUCAGUAUGGUAUAAACAAAAAUAGACAAUAGGUGCAGGAGUAGGUCAUUCGGCCCUUCGAGCCGACACUGCCAUUCACUGUGAUCAUGGCUGAUCAUCCACAAUCAGUACCCCAUUCCUGCCUUCUCCCCAUAUCCCUUGAUUCCGCUUAACACCAAAGGUGAUUCAAAUAGUGUUUUUAAGGCCCUAUGUUAUUUAGGCAAUGGCUUUACACAAUCAUUUAAUGCACAAUCAUUGCGUUUUACAUGAAAACAUUGCAAACUGUGGCACCUUCUCCACAAAUGUCCCAAAGGAUCACUAAAUCAUAGAGAAUAAAGGAUGUUUAAUGUGGCUGGUUCAAUCCUUGAUUAACUUAAGCUAGACACAAAAUGCUGGAGUAACUCAGCAUGUCGGGCAGCAUCUCUGGAGAAAAGAAACAGGUGACGUUUCGGGUCAGAACCCUUCUUCAGAUUCCAACUUCUUCAGAGAUAAGUCCUUCAGAGUCUGAAGAAGUGUCGCCUGUUCCUGUUCUCCAGAGAUGCUGCCUGACCCGCUGAGUUAUUCCAGCAUUUUGUGUCUAUCUUUGGUAUAAACAAGCAUCUGCAGUUCCUUCCUGCACACUGAUUAACUUGUGUACUCAAAAAGGAAUGAUAAUUUGGUGAACCACAGAACUCACACCGAUCAGUGCCUAAUCCAGCUUGUGUUAAUGAUUGCCUAAUGCAUGUUCGAAUGAGGUGGGAAGAGGGAGAACUGAUUUUUAUGGGAUAUUUCUUCAGUAAAAUGAGACCACUCCUUUUUUCAAGGAGUGAGCUGUAUUAAGUUCAGAGCCAAGCUGAAACCGUUUGAAAUAAUAUUGCUGCAAAUGGCUUAGAAACAUAAAGUAGGUGCAGGAGUAGGCCAUUCGGCCCUUCGAGCCAACACUGCCAUUCAAUAUGAUCAUGACUGAUCAUCCAGAAUCAGCGCCCUGUUCCUGCUUUUUCCCCACAUCUCUUAAUUCCGUUAGCCCUAAUAAUUUUUCUCUAACGCUCUUGAAUACAUCCAUUGAAUUGGCCUCCAGUGCUUUCUGUGGCAGAGAAUUCCACAGAUUCACAACUCUCUGACCGAAAUCAUUUUUCCUCAUCUCAGUCCCAAUGGCCUGUGGCUUCAUGCACAGUCCAAUGUCUCCAAAACAUCUGGCAUCACUCUUUGGAAAAUAGCCAUUCAGUUCUUCCCAUCUUUUAAUUUGAGCAGAUUCACCACAUUCGCAAGUGUUUCAGUCUUUUUCAAAUAUGUUCAUAAUGUUUAAUCUACUGCGUUGAAAUAUUGUUCAUGGAUAAUCUACAAAGAUUAAGUAUUUUCUUACUCUUGGAAAAUUUUCAUAUGACAAAGCUAGUUCAUUAUAUACUAACUGCUGGAGUAACUCGGUAGGUCAGGCAGCAUCUGUGGAAGAUAUCCACAUUUUGUUUUGUAAACCAGCAUCUGCCGUUCCACGUGUCCAAUUAAUGAUACAAGUAAUCUAAACUAUUUAGAAUAUUAUUGUAGAUAGACACAAAAAGCUGGAAUAACUCAGCAGGUCAGACAGCAUCUGAACAAUUGAGUUACUCCAGCUUUUUGACUCUAUCUUUGGUUUAAACCAUCAUCUGUAGUUCCUUCCUGCACACCUAGAAUAUUACUGUAUACCUCAAAUAGAUCAUCCAAGUCCAUUGUGCUGAAUUUUAGCCAGCGCCUACACUAUUAGCAACUGCUCACACCAGUCUGAAGAAGGGUCCUGACCCAAAAUGUCAUCAAUCACCAUAUACUGUAAGCACCGGAGAUGCUGCUUAUCCCACUGAGUUACUCCAAUACUUUGUGAAUACCCUGGUUAAACAGAGCAGUUGUUUGUUCAAGAUAAGCCACUUCAAAUAUAGCUUGGGUUAUGUACUGUUAUACAUUUUUGUAUAAAUGAUAUUUUUGUAAACCAGCAUCUGCAGUUCCUCGUCUCUAGAUUUUAUCUACUUACAUUCCCUAUUUCUGAAAAUUAUUGCAUGUAAUAUUUUGAUUGCAGUUUUUUCAACUGUAAACAUUAAAACUCUAGUAAUAAGGGUCAUUCUGACUAACACUCCAAUUAUUAUACUUGCCAAAAAUACUGAAAUAACCUUUUACACUUGUUUACUUUUGAUCCACACAGUACCACUGAUUAUUUGUAUCACUGAUAUAGCAUGCCAUCAAAAGUUGUACAUUGGUGCUGCCAUUUGAUUAAGCAAAUUGCUUGAAUAUCUUGCCCAAAGUUUACAAUGAUACAGUUUUGAUAUUCUAUAACUAUAUUGGUACGAGUUGUUGACAACUUUUAAUUCGCUCCAGCAUAGAGCUUUGUAUUCAGGUGUACAGGUAAAUCUUUGAGAUAAUUUGUACUUGGCAGAUUUGUAAACUGUAUGCAUUAAAAAAAUAAAAUAAAAGGGGCUUUUCCAGAA